AUUGUUUCCGACAGUGCAGCUGGACGCGCUCCAGAGCAGGGACGUAUACUUCGUGUUGUGACAUCCAAAACUUAUCUGUUGCAAGUUCCAGUUUUCAUAUGGCAGUUUUGUCGGUUGCAUUUCCCCACGAGUGAAAGUAUGUGACCACAAUGUUUAGUUUCGACAGCGGGAUUAAUCAUCGUGUGAGAGGAGACCCCGACUUUUUACCGAAAUGGCAAACAGUGAGCGAAACAAGAAGAUCUUACUGGAACUGUUGAAGCAGCCGGUAAACAGUCGGUGCGCGGACUGCAGCGCGCCCGAUCCAGACUGGGCAUCCUACAAGCUGGGUGUGUUUGUGUGUCUGACCUGCUCUGGCAUCCAUCGCAGUCUGUCCAGCCGAGUCAAAUCUAUAAAACUGGACUUCUGGGAGGAUGAGCUGGUGGAGUUCAUGAAAUCCAAUGGCAACGCCAGCGCCCGAGCUUUGUAUGAGAAAGCUGUUCCAGUGUAUUACUAUCAGCCUCAAGAAAAUGACUGUGUUGUCUUAAGAGAUCAGUGGAUUCGGGCUAAAUAUGAAAGGAUGGAAUUCACAGGAGAAACCAAGUACCCACCACUUUCAUACACCACAGGUUUCUAUGAAGGGAUGCUGUGGAAGAAAGGGAAAGAGAACAGCCAGUUUCUGAAGAGGAAGUUUGUACUGUCAGAGAGAGAAUUUACCCUGACUUACUACAACAAGGAAAAUGAGUCCAAAGGCCCUAAAGCUGUAAUCGCCAUCAAGGACCUAAACGUCACCUUUCAACCAGAGAAGAUUGGUCAUCCUCAUGGGAUGCAGCUCACCUACCAAGACAACGAUCACACCAGGAAUCUUUAUGUUUAUCACGAGAGUCCUGAGGAAAUAGUCACGUGGUACAACGCCAUUCGUGCUGCUCGCUAUGCGUACCUGAAGACAGCGUACCCGACUGGAAGCAAUGAAGAACUGAUACCAAAGAUAACAAGAAACUACCUCAAAGAGGGAUACAUGGAAAAGACAGGGCCAUUGCAAAGGGAGCCAUUCAAAAAGAGGUGGUUUAUUUUGGACUCUCAAAACAGGAAGUUGUUCUACUUCAAAGGCCCGCUGGAUGCAGAAGAGUUAGGGGUCAUUUUCAUUGGCACGGAGAGCAACGGCUACUCUGUGAGGGAGUGUGUCCCAAAGCAUGCUCGGGGGAACAAGUGGAAGUGUGGCAUUUCGGUGGACACGCCCGACCGACACUUUGUCUUCAUGUGUGAGCAGGAGAGGGAGCAGAGAGAGUGGCUGGACGCCCUCAGAAAGGUCCUGUACAGGCCCAUGGCACCGCAGGAUUAUACCAUUGAAGCCAACAUCAGGUAUAAAAGAUGAACUAUGAGAGGUGUGUCAACAGGGUGAUGGGGAGAAGACAGCAGCGUUUGAAAACACAAGUGACUGAACUACAGCAGCUCAACAGAUGAACAGUGACCUGUAUCAGUACUGACUGUUCACCACGUUGCUCCCAGUACUGACUCUCAUUUUUGUGUUGUAGUAAAGCAUCUUCAACCAUGACUCUGACUGUGCCACAGCGUGGAUUAAAGACUUCCAUCCACUCUCUUUAACUGACACUGAAUCUGAUACUCAGUCUCAGACUUCAGAAAGUAAAUUAUGUAAAAUCCACUCUUAUGACCAAACAUACGCCAUCACUAGAUCAACACUGUUAUAUUGUAAUAGAAGAUAGGUUACAGUCACUGCAUAUCAUCAUGCCAUAUUUAUGAUGUUUUUACAUUUUUUAUAUUUUAAAUUUCCUAAUGAAUAAGCAUAUAAUUUUACAUUUGGUAGUGAACAUGUUUCACGACACUAUGCCCCCCCAAAAAUAAAUUACUUAAAAAAACCCACGUGUGGCUUAAUUCAUAGGUUACAUGUUAAGUACAUGUUGGAUAAAACUUUCAUAUAAUUCCAACUUUUUUUGCCCUUUUUACAGCUGUGACAACAGUGUUUUCCAUGUACACACAAACAGCAUUUGUAAAUGGCAUUUUUAGCAUACAUGACUUCGGCAACACUUCUGAAUUUUACUGCAAAUGAAACUUGAUCAAUCAUGAUUACGUUACUGUAAUGUGGCCUAUAACUUUGGUGCAACCAUGAUGGAUAUGAGUUUAUUAUUAUUAUUAUUAUUAACAUAAAUGUAACAGCUCUUACGUAUGUACAUGCGUACAUACGUAAGAGUGCUACUUAUGCUGGUGUACUGUAUAGUCACUUUAAAAAAAGCCUCCAAACACCUCAA